GAUCCAGUCGCUUUUACGCACAGACCGGACAGGCCGCGCACGGAUAGCGCGAGUGGGAGAGUGAACUGGACAGAGAGAGGAGCGAGCGGAGAGAGAGAGGAGGAAAAUUCCGAAGGACAGGAAAAAGUGAGAAGGAAAACAAGCAGAAACGACGCGCGGACGCACAAGUGUUUUCCCAACUGGAAACAGAGGAGACGAAGAAAGUGUGUGAGAGUGUGUGAAAGGGAGAGACGGGCGGAGUGUGUGUGCGCCGUCACCACUCUCCACUUCUUACACCACCUCAAUGUCGCUCCCCGGCUCCCCUCCUCUCCUAUCGCCGGGCUCGGGCGCCCCAACUCCGGCCGCGCUCUACCGCUCGGCCCCGGACGGACUCCACACCUCCGUCACCUCCACCGGCACCUCCAGCCCGGCGCACACAAACUCCCACUCCCACUCCCUGUCCCCGUCCCCGCGGCUCACCAGCAGCAUGCUCAGCGCUUUCCUGCCCGGCUUGGGCAACGGCGGCGCCGCCCCGCUUGUGUCCGGAGGCGGUGCCGCCCUGGGACCUCUCGGCGGACUCGGCUCGCUGAGCACGGCCGGCCUGACCCCCGGUUCCCCCGGCUUGGCGCAGACCUCGUCCAGUCCGGGACUUUGCAGCGAGUGUAAGCUGGUGGAUGUGCACGGCGUGAAGGUGGCCAGCUUCAACGUGGACGGCCAGGAGCUCAUCUGCCUGCCGCAGGUGUUCGACCUCUUCCUGAAGCACCUGGUGGGCGGGCUGCACACCGUGUACACCAAGCUGAAGAGGCUGGACAUCUCGCCGGUGGUCUGCACCGUGGAGCAGGUGCGCGUCCUGCGGGGGCUCGGCGCCAUCCAGCCCGGCGUGAACCGCUGCAAACUCAUCUCCAGGAAGGACUUCGAGACGCUGUACCAGGACUGCACCAGCGCCAGCUCUCGUCCGGGGCGUCCUCCAAAGCGUUGUUCUGGUGCAGGGAUCCAGGAAAGCCCCAGGCUGCUGCACCCGGGCCUCCCCGGCCUGCUGUCCCCCAACCUGCUGUCCCACACCGGUCUGACAGCAGCAGCCAUGGCAGAGCUCCAGAAGCUGCAGAAGAUGAAGAUGAUGAUGAGUCUCCAAAACGGCAAUGAGUCCGACAAUGACGAUCUACACUCCAACACAGGAGGGAGUGAGUCUUCCUGGGAUAAGGAGCGUCUGACCAGCCCUCCUGCUGGAGCCCACAGCGGAGGACCAGGAGGUGGAGGAGGAGCACCAGUGGGAGCAGCAGCUGGAGGAGGAGGUGGUGCAGCAGCAGGGGGGGGAGGAGGAGGAGCAGGAGGGGGGGGACCAGGAGGGAGGGGGCCAGCCAUCGGAGCUGUCAAUCAACAACAACUCCAGCAGCAACAACAGCUACUGGCUAACAGGUUGGACCUGCCCUUCAUGAUGAUGCCCCACCCUCUGCUGCCCAUGGGGCUGCCGCCGGCCUCCGUUGCCAUGGCAAUGUCACAGAUGAACCACCUCAACACCAUCGCCAACAUGGCCGCCGCAGCACAGCAGAUACACACUCAUGCACACCGCGCACCUGUCAUCAAGGAGAGAGUGUGUGACAGUCCAUCUCUCUCUCCGUCUGUGGACGAGGCCAACACUCCUCUGCAGUCGCAGCCCAGCAGCUCGGCCUCCAGCUCGCCAGAACGACUGGGAUUGGUGUCAGCUGAUGCAGAUGUCGCACUGCCUAACCCUGCUGCACCCAUCAAGAAAAUAACAAAGGACAAAGAAGAGUCAUCGCUGGGACAAGCCCUGCCCCCCGGCUUCCCUGCUCCGUUCCUGUUCGCUGACGGCCUGUCGUCGGUGGAGACCCUGCUCACCAACAUACAGGGUCUGCUGAAGGUGGCGGUGGAGAACGCCCGCGUGCAGGACAAACAGAUCCAGGCGGAGAAACGAGAGCUGAAGAUGGAGCUCUAUCGAGAACGAGAGAUGAGAGAGAGUCUGGAACGACAGCUCACCUCCGAACUGCAGAGCAGAGCCUCCAUCCAGAAGCGUCUCAAGAAGGAGAAGAAGGCCAAGAGGAAGCUGCAGGAGGCGCUGGAGUUCGAGUCGAAGAGGAGGGAGAGGGUGGAGGACGCCCUGAAACACUCGUCCUCGUCCUCCCCCUCUCCCGAGCCGCUGCACGCCGCCAACAACAACACCACCAAGAACGACGCUGCUGUAGCCGAGGAUAAACCCGAACUUAAUGGAAACCAGCAAGACAACAGUGCUGUACAAGAAUCCCGGGCGUUUCUGAAGACCCCCAUGAUGUUCUAGAAAGAAGGACUCCGCCUCCAGAAACCCCACCCACCUUCCCAACCUGUCCCUUCCCCCACCUGCACAGAAGAACUCCACCAGCCCACUCUGACCACCUCCCCCGGCGGGAUACCUUUGCUACACGCGAACUUUUUGAUGUUGCUUUGAAACAAUGAGACUACUAGGAGGCCACACCCCUCGGUUUGGACUCACCAGGGGGCGCCACUUCUUCCUUUCUUAUUUUCAGACAAAUUUAACUCCAUUCAUUCCACCUUUUCUCUCCCUGCACCAGGACUUCUCUCAUUCCCUCGUUUGUUUUGAAAAACUGAAAAAUAAGAAUCAUUCCCGAGCAAAGUCAGGGGCAGGAAAGCAAACGGGCCAGAGUGACAUCAGCGCGGGCUCACAUUUGGACAGUCCUCAUCAGGAAUCAUGUGGGAUCACCAGGGAUCACCAGGGAUCAGUUUGAUUGGACGAGACUUCUUCAGUGGUCCAGUGACAGGAUGUGGUACACAGGACCAAACGACUGUUUCUGAUUGGUGCGGACAACGCAGAAAGACUAGACGUUCUUAUUUACUAACAGAGGAAGAAGGAAAAAAAAAAGACAUUUUUCAAACCCUCUCUGGAUUUGAUGUGACUUCCAUCAACCUUAUUGGCUGGCUACCAACACCCUCUGAUUGGACGGCAAUCAGCAAAUCGGAGGAGCUCAGGACCAGAGGGGGGAGGUGUUUAAAAAAAAGUGGAAAAACAUAUUGGAAAGGGGAAAAAAACCCGAAGGAAAACAACUUGGGAGGCUAUUUCUGUCUCUCAUGUUUCAUUCAUUUUUGUUUUCUGUACAAGGACUGAAAAAAAUGCAUGGGAAAACUUUUAUGUUGUCAUUUGGCUUAUUUUAUCCUCCUUACCUCCAUCCCCCUCUUAUACACUCUUCCUCUAUUUUCUCGCUAUGUGUCUUUUUUUGCUCAACCUUUUCCUUGCCUCUUCUAUUUUUCCUUUAUUUUCUCUCUCUCUCUCUCUAUAAGGAGGCAUUACUCUGAAAAGAUUGGAUGCAGCUUUUCAAUGUAAAAAGUAUUUUCUAUCACCCUUAACUCGUGAAAUCAGUUUCUCAAAUGAUGCUUGAGUUAAAGAAGAAAACAAAUCCUUUUUUUAACGACAACGGCGUGAUUUUUAGACACAAUGUUAUAUCCUAAAGGUACGUUGACUUCUCUCCCUCGUCUCUGAACCUGUCUCACCUUUUGACCCCCGUUCCCUGUGACCAGGAAGUAAUAGUCAGCUUUGUGGAGUUGGUCAAAUUAAAGACGAGGAGCGCUCGGUUUGUCUGCUUUCAAACUGCCCCGAACUUUUAUCAUGGACUUUCCAUAAGAACAAUUCCUUUGUGGUUUGAUCUCAUCCGUUAAAGCGACGGCGACUACUUCAGGUGCAGAAAUCAAGCGCUCCUCGGCUUCAUCAAACACAAGAAACAUUUUAAUCCCCUGAUUUUCUGACCUACUAAGAGUGCAGACUGUUGUGUUGCGGUUUUGUUUAUUCCACUGCGUGUUUGAUUUGUUUAUUUGUUUAUUACUAUUUGAGAUGUGUACGAAAGGGUUCGGGAGGGGUGGGGCCAGGGUGGGCGGGCUUUGGUGUUAAAGGGGUAUUCCAUGUAGAUAGAAACAACAUUCAGCGUUUUCUUGUUUUUAUUUUUUUUUUCUCCUGAUGAUCUCUCAGUCUGUCACUGUUCUCUGGAUUUGAGCUGACUGCAAAUAUACAGUAUUAUAAUGA